UUCUAUAUAAAGGCAACCUCUCUUGGAAGACUUCACUCCAACUAGUUUGUUUCCCUUGACUCUUAUAGCUAUCAGCAGUAUGUCGUCCACAAACCGUCCAUCCAUUGCCUUUUUAGUUUUACUCUUCCUCUCAGCUACUUUGAUAUCUAAUACAGCAUCCCGGUUGCUACCUGAAACAUCAAACCACGAGAGCCAUGAGCAAUGGAUGGCUCGUUAUGGACGUGUAUACAAGGAUGCUGAUGAGAAAGAACUACGUUCAAAGAUUUUUCAAGAGAAUGUUAAGUACAUAGAGUCAUUUAAUAAUGCAAUGAACAAAAGUUACAAACUAGCGGUCAAUGAGUUUGCAGACCUUACAAAUGAAGAAUUCAGGACCACAAGGAACCGAUUCAUGGCCCAUGAAUGCUCCCCAUCUACCUCUGCUUUCAGGUAUGAAAAUGUGACAGCAGUUCCAUCAUCAAUGGAUUGGAGAAAGAAAGGUGCAGUAACACCUGUUAAAGACCAAGGCCAAUGUGGAUGUUGCUGGGCAUUUUCAGCCGUGGCAGCUAUGGAGGGAAUAACCCAACUAACAACAGGUAAAUUAGUGUCUCUAUCUGAACAAGAGCUCGUGGACUGUGAUACUAGUGGUGUAGACCAGGGAUGUGAAGGUGGUCUUAUGGACAACGCCUUUGAUUUCAUCAUAAACAAUAAAGGACUCACUACAGAGAGCAAAUAUCCUUACAAAGGAGUUGAUGGAACCUGCAACAGCAAUGCGGCAUCUAACCACGCUGCAACCAUAACGGGCCAUGAAGAUGUUCCAGCUAAUAGCGAAAGUGCACUGUUGAAGGCUGUAGCUAGUCAGCCAGUGUCUGUUGCCAUUGAUGCUAGUGGGUCCGACUUCCAGUUCUACUCUAGCGGGGUGUUUACAGGAGAGUGUGGCACGGAACUUGACCACGGUGUUACUGCAGUUGGUUAUGGAACGAGUGAUGACGGGAUUAAGUAUUGGCUGGUAAAGAACUCCUGGGGAACAAGCUGGGGUCAAGAAGGUUACAUAAUGAUGCAAAGAGAUGUUGAUGCUAAGGAAGGUAUUUGUGGCAUUGCCAUGCAGGCUUCCUACCCCACUGCAUAA